AGAGAAAAUACCAUAUUAGAUUAUUGGUCUGAUUGUGACAAAAAACGGUAAAUGGUUACGGGCAAUAAGACUUGUGCUACGGUAAAAACUGGCGAUAUCACAUCUCCUUUACCAAAUUGCUAAUAACAUAUGAGGCUUAACCGUUGCCAGGAUCCCAAAAUUGUCCACAACAAUCUAUAGAUAUAUGUGUGUAAGUGUGUUGUGUGUGUGUGAUUAGACCAAAGUAUUACAGAUUUUUAAAAGUCAUUUUCGUUAUAUGCUAUUCAGAGUGAAAACUUCAAAACUAGUCAAAUCUGAUUUAUUUAAUUAUAUAUUUAUUGACUCUUUAAUUCUUUAUACUCUUUUUUGGUCAAAUCUUUUUUCUAAUUUUCUAUAUAUAAAAGGAUUAAUUACUUUCAAAGGGGUUACCCAAACAAGACAGAUAUAUUAGAUAUUAAGGAAAGAUAAUCUUUAAAACAUUAUAAGUUCAUGAACAAAAUAUCAGGAUCGGUCAAUCACUAACCAAGACUCCAACGUUGUAAUAAACGUUUCGUUUUUAAAGUUACACUAAUUCUACAAAAGAUACUAAUAGAUAUUUCUUUGUCAAAAAAAAAGCCAGUAACAAUGGCAUUUUUCAGAUUCUUCUUUGCAGUCACAACUUUGGUUUUGCUUCAUCUCGCAUCAAUCGCUUUUGCUUCUUCCCAUGGCUCAAAACAGCUCGGCGACCAAUGCUCAUCCGACGAAGAGUGCAGCGUUGGACUUGGUUGUUUUAAAUGCGGCAUCGAUGCUGCAAGAUGCGUAAGAUCAAACAUCACAGAUCAAUUCUCCCUUGUGAACAAUUCCAUGCCGUUUAACAAAUAUGCAUUUUUGACGACCCACAAUUCAUAUGCCAUUGAAGGAAAACCGCUUCAUGUGGCGACCCAAGAAGAUAGUAUAACCGAACAACUCAAUAGUGGUGUUCGAGCAUUGAUGUUGGAUACAUACGACUACGAAGGAGACGUAUGGUUGUGCCAUUCGUUUCACGAGCAAUGCUUUGAAUUCACUAAGUUUAAUCGGGCAAUAGACACGUUCGAGGAGGUAUUCGCCUUCUUGACAGCAAAUCCAUCAGAGAUCGUGACAAUAUUUCUCGAGGAUUACGUCAAAUCGCCAAACGCGUUAACCAAAGUUUUUACCGACUCUGGUUUGAAGAAAUUCUGGUUUCCGGUUGAAGACAUGCCUAAGGGUGGCCAAGAUUGGCCAUUGGUUAAGGAUAUGGUUGCAAAUAACCACCGGCUAGUCGUCUUCACUUCAGAUAAAUCCAAGCAAGAAACCGAAGGAAUAGCUUACCAGUGGAACUACGUACUUGAAAACCAAUAUGGGGACGAUGGAGUUAAGCCUUCGGAAUGUAGCAAUAGGGGAGAAUCUGCACAGCUAACCGAUAAAACCAAAGCUUUGGUUUUGAUAAAUCAUUUCAGUACAAUUCCGGUUAAGCUCAUGAGUUGUGAGGAGAACUCUCAACAUCUUAUCGAUACGAUUAAGACAUGUUACGUAGCCGCUGGGGACCGAUGGGCGAAUUUUGUCGCUGUCGACUUUUACAAGAGGAGUGAUGGAGGAGGAACAUUUCAAGCAGUGGAUAAACUAAAUGGAGAGCUUCUGUGUGGACGUGAUGAUGUUCAUGAUUGUCAUCAGUAACAAGCAUGGCCUUUUAUAAAAAGAGUUAUUCUUAAAUCUUUGGGUUAACCAACCAAUAAGAUUUAGUUAUUUCAAA